UAUUCACUGUAUAUUUCUCUAUUUCUUUGUUCUUUUCUAAUAUUCCUGCUCUGGAUUUGGUUUGAUUUUCAAGUUUAUUCGUUUUCUUUUCGUGUUUUCUUCUGCGGAUCUUGCAAAGAAGAGCUAUUGCAGAUUUGAAGAAGGCAGUGCUUUGUCGCAGUAGAGAUAUUCUUUCGACUGAACUGCAAAGAUGUUGGAGAAAGUGAAGGGAUUCAGCGCCGAUCAGGUGAUAGCGGAGUUUGAGGAAUUGACAAAGAAUGCUGAGAGAGUUCAGAGUGAGACCUUAAGUAGGAUUCUACAAGACAACGGGGAUGCAGAGUACUUGCAUAAUUUGGGGCUUCGAGGAAGAACUGAUCCACAUAGCUUCAAAUCCUGCGUUCCUUUAGCGACUCACAAAGAACUGGAGAGUUACAUUCAGAGAAUUGCAGAUGGAGAUGCUAGUCCGAUACUGACAGGGAAACCGAUAACAUCCAUUUCAUUGAGCUCUGGUACAACACAGGGGAAGCCGAAGUUUGUACCUUUCAACGAUGAAUUGGUGCAGUCCACAAUGCAAAUAUUCAAGACUUCUUUUGCUUUUAGGAAUAGAGCAUAUCCCUUGAGGAAUGGAAAGGCUCUUCAAUUCAUUUACAGCAGCAAGCAGCUCAAAACAAAGGGUGGUCUUACAGCUACCACUGCUACAACAAAUGUAUACCGAAGCGCACAAUUUAAGAGAACGAUGAUGGAUAUCAGUUCUCAGUGUUGCAGUCCUGAUGAAGUUAUAUUUAGCCCGGACUUUCACCAAUCAUUGUACUGCCAUCUUCUCUGUGGUCUGAUAUUUUCUGAACAAGUCCAGCUUGUGUUCUCUACAUUUGCCCAUAGCAUUGUUCAUGCAUUUCGAACCUUUGAGAACGUUUGGGAAGAACUAUGUAUUGAUAUCAGAGAAGGAGUUCUCUCAAGCAGGAUUACAAUUCCGACAAUUCGCGCUGCUGUUUCGAGCCUUCUUCGUCCGAAUCCAGAGCUGGCUGAUACUGUGUACCAAAAGUGUGUUGGAUUAAGUAGCUGGUACGGUGUGAUACCGGCGCUUUGGCCAAAUGCUAAGUAUGUUUAUGGAAUAAUGACAGGAUCUAUGGAGCCAUACUUGAGUAAAUUAAGGCAUUAUGCAGGGAAUCUUCCCUUAAUGAGUGCUGAUUAUGGGUCUUCUGAAGGGUGGAUUGGUGCAAAUAUUGAUCCAGAAUUGCCACCUGAAUCGGCAUCAUUUACUGUUCUUCCUAAUAUAGGGUAUUUCGAAUUUAUUCCUCUCAGGGAGGAAGGUCAGUUGGAGGAGGAGGAGAGCUGCGAUUCUUUAACUAAGCGAAGUGAACAAGGGCCAAUUGGUCUUACAGAAGUUAAGGUUGGGGAAGAAUAUGAAAUAAUCAUCACUACUUUUGCAGGUUUAUAUCGUUACAGGCUAGGUGACGUGGUAAGGGUAGCAGGGUUUCAUAACUCAACCCCAAAACUCCAGUUCAUUCGACGAAAGAGUCUGAUCUUAACCAUCAACAUCGACAAGAACACGGAGAGAGACCUGCAGCUCUCUGUCGAGGAAGCUGAGAAGCUCUUGGCAGCCGAAAAGCUCGAGGUCCUGGACUACACCAGCCAUGUCGACAUGUCGAGCGAUCCCGGCCAUUAUGUUAUCUUUAUGGAGCUAAACGGCGAUGCGAAAGAGGAAGUUUUGAAUAGCUGCUCUGAAUGUUUAGACCUUGCCUUUGUGGAUGCAGGUUAUGUUAGUUCAAGGAAGGUUCGAUCAAUCGGUCCGCUUGAGCUCAGGGUGCUUAAACGAGGAACGUUUCAUAAGGUUAUCGAUCAUUAUCUCACACUUGGGGCAGCAAUGAGCCAGUACAAGACGCCUAGAUGUGUGGGUGUGUCAAAUGGAAGAGUUUUGCAGAUUCUUAACAGCAAUGUGCAUGAGAGCUAUUUCAGUGCUGCUUAUGGCUGAGAAUGUUUCUUUUUUCCUUUCUGUGGUAGAGUUGUGCUGUUCUUGAGUGGUUUAUGUGCAAAUGGUUUAUUAAAGAGAGAAUGUUUGGGAUUAUUGACUUGGAGAUUUAUCUGACGUUCGUUAAUUUAAUUGAGAGCAUUUGAUAGUGCAUUGUAUGUUAUUUGAAUUGCUUUGGAUGAGAGGCUUCUUGUUGAUCAUGCAAUGUGACUAUGUCCUGCUUGUUGCCAGGUACUGUUUAAUCAA